AAGCCCUUGGCUCUCCUCUAAGAAGAAAAGGAAACCCGUAAACCAAGUCACUCCACCGCCAGGCGGAGACGCCUGGAGAGGAGCCCGAGAGCCGCAGGACCCUAAAUCGCAGUGAGAUAUGCCCCGUAGAUCUGAGAAAACCUGUUGUUAUGCACACUAAAAGAUGAGUUCCAGAGAUAACAAGCAAUUUGGCCAACUCACAGUCUAGACUCCAAAUCUUUCCUACCUUCUUCCACCAUCACUCUGAGGUUGUUUCAGAUGUUGCACUCUACCUACCGAACUGCCUAGGAAACCUGGAAUAGAGAGGCAAGGAACCGCCAGGUACCCUGCAGACUUCAAAAGCCGGAUUUCACUAAAUUCAGAGAAUGACCCAAGACGGAAAGGAAAGCCCAAAGUAGGAACCACUUAGCGCUGCUCACGAUCCUACCCGGACUCAUUUUUUCCAGUUGACAGGAAGUGGAGGACUAUUCUAACCCCACUUGCCGGAAGUGCCUUUUCAGGAGUACUUGGCUGUUCUUGCAGCUCAGGUUUUCAUCUCUCCGCGCGACACUGGCAAAAUGAUGACAUUGACCAGUAUACAGGAAUUCCCAGAUUUGUGAUCAAGAAAUUAGUUCAUUGCCUUGGUUAGAGCGUCUUUUCCACAGUCAAGGUUGCGGGUUCCAUCCCAAGUCAGGGCACAUACAAUAAUGACAACAUGCUUCUGAUUCAGCGUGUCCACUUAGCUAUAAAAAUACAUUAAUCAGAACUGCCUGGCAUCUUCCUGAGCAAGACUUCAUUAGGUCCCAGUAUGCUUCACUUCAUCCGGAAGUUUUCUCAAGCAUCUUCAAAGAUGCUGAAGUACCCUUUCACAGUUGGACUAGGAGCCAGCAGGAGAAUAGAAACACUUUCUCUCAAGGCAUGUCUCCAGCAGAACUUUUCACCUUUGUUUCUAAGGCCUAGGCCUUCCUCAUCAUUUCCAGUGUGUAUGAGCAAGACACAAUACUAUCAUACUUCCCCAUGCAACUUUAAGAAGAAGCAGAAGGAAGAAGUGCUUCCAGCCAGGCCACCGAAAACUAUCACAUACCUGCCUGACAGCCCAAAGCCAGCAUUAUACAUCUCUCUGGCGGGACUAAUCCCUUUCCUUGCUCCACCACUGAUCAUGGUGAUGGUAAAGACUUAUAUCCCCGUAUUAGCUUUUACUCAGAUGGCUUAUGGAGCCAGUUUCCUAUCUUUCUUGGGAGGGAUCAGAUGGGGUUUUGUUCUGCCAGAAGGUAGCCCAGCCAAACCAGACUACCUAAAUUUAGCUAGUAGUACAGCUCCUGUCCUGUUUUCAUGGUUUGCCUUCCUUGUUUCUGAAAGGCUCAGUGAAGCUAUACUCACAGUAAUAAUAGGUUUGGGGAUAGCAUUACAUAAUGAACUUUUUCUUUUGCCAGAUUAUCCCAAUUGGUUCAAAGCCCUGAGGAUAGUAGUCACUUUAGUGGCCUUUUUAUCGUUUGUAAUCACUUUACUACUUAAAAAUAUUUAUCCAGAGAAAGGACCACAGAAACCUGGUCAAGGAGAAUAAACAUAAAACUACUCGAUAAAUGAUGUUAGCACGUUGGCUACAGCCUUGUAA